GCGGCGGCUGUGACCUGAGGGGGUGGGCUGCUCUCGGCCUUUUCACCGGGCCGGGCCUGGCCUGGCCUGGCCUGGCCUGGCGUUUGGGCAGGCCGAGGGCUGCGCGUGGAGGCCGCGCGGGGCCGUGUGUGGGGAGCGCUGCGUUUUCUCAGGCGGAGCACCGAGGGCGGCGGCUGUGCAGCAGUGUAUGGUCAGAGCGGAGUAGAGCCGCAGCGCUGCAGCCAUGUCGAUCGGAGUGCCCAUUAAGGUCCUGCACGAGGCAGAGGGCCACAUUGUGACCUGUGAGACCAACACCGGAGAGGUGUACCGCGGGAAGCUCAUUGAAGCUGAAGACAACAUGAAUUGUCAGAUGUCCAACAUAACAGUGACAUACAGAGAUGGACGAGUGGCGCAGCUUGAGCAGGUGUACAUCAGAGGCAGCAAGAUACGGUUUCUAAUUUUACCAGAUAUGUUGAAGAACGCUCCUAUGCUAAAGAGCAUGAAGAAUAAGAACCAGGGUUCUGGAGCUGGCCGAGGAAAAGCAGCUAUUCUCAAAGCUCAGGUGGCUGCAAGAGGAAGAGGCCGUGGUAUGGGUCGUGGCAACAUCUUCCAGAAGCGAAGAUAAUUUUGGCCUUGACCAGUAUGCUUUUUUUUAUUAGAGGGGCUCUUAACUUGUCUACAUAUAUGUUGGUAACUUCUGUCUAAUAAAUGUUUCUGACAAAGCCUUGUCUGCUGUUAUAUGACAGAACUCCUCUUAGACACACUAGAGUUCUGGCUUCUUUCUGUAGCUGGCAAAUACAUUGGAGGUUGGUUUCAAAGUGUGUUGUCUAGAAAACAGUGGACUUGAUAUCUGGAUUUGACUUCUUUGUGGUUUUGUGUGAUGCAUUGAGUUUCAAAGAUCAUCUUGCUUGCUUCUUGUUCAGUACUGCUGUUACUCAUCCUCUAAAGAAUUAGAAGGCAUUCUUGAUGAAGAAUUUUUAAAUGUUGUUUUAAAGUUGUGUUAGCAUUUCCAUUUACAGAACAAACAGCCAAACUGAAGCAGCUUCUAGAGAAGCUUCAUAUGGAUCUAUAAUAAAUACAGGUCCAUCUUCAAAGCUGUAUAUUAAGCUUGUAUUCUUGUAUUUCUUAUUUCUCCCUUUGGAUGCAGCAAAAACUUAUCAUUAGGAGCACACAACUAAUAUUUAGUAGACAGACCAUUUUAGCCUGAGUCUGUACUUGCCUGGGGUGAUGUGAUUCUGGCUAUAUUGGCAGUUACUUGUUAUUUACCAUUGCCUGGGCAGAGAAGCCUGAAUAUGGAAGAAAAAAAACCAAUUUUCAAGCAUUGAUUUGAAAUGUUUCUUAUGAAUCUAAAAGAUGUCUAGGAAAAGUCACAGAAAUGGUUAUCUAUUAUGUAGGCUGGCCUUUUGAACAGAACUUAGAUCUGACUUUAGCUUUUGUUAACGUCUAUACACAAUCACAUAGUUCACAAGCUCAUCUGUAGGAGGCCAAAUUUAGUUGUAGCUUUAGCUUAUUUUUGCUUGAAGUACCACGUAGCUGUCUUACUGACAUUAAUGGUUGAAAUAUUUAAUUUGAACUCUCCUGUACCUAAUUGUACACUUCCAUACAGUCAUCAGUCUAUACAUGUAUGAAUGAGUCCUGCUUUUCUGCUCUGCUGUAUAAAGACCCCCUGUGUGCAGACAUGGAAGUUGAACUAAUGUACUCAUUUGUUGAAUUGUCUGUAAAUAAAGCAGUGUUUGAUUAGCA